AUGGAUGAAAUAAAAGAAUAUCAAUCUGUUAGAUGGGUUUCUCCUCCGGAAGCUGCAUGGCGAUUAUUUGGUUUUCCCAUAAGUGAAAUGACUCCAAGUGUUUUUCACCUUCAAUUACAUUUGGAAGGACAACAAUUUGUCUCUUUUAAAAGUAUUAAAAAUGUUGAUAGAAUACUGAGUAAUCCAAUGAUUCGAAAAACAAUGUUAACUGAAUUUUUUGUUAUGAACAGAACAGAUAAAGAUGUUAUGCAACUGUUAUUAUUAUAUAAAGAAUUUCCUGAGUACUUUGUAUGGUCACCUAAGGAAAAAAUGUGGACACGUCAAAAACAACGUAUUGUAAUUGGACGUGUUGUAACAUGUCAUCCAACAGAAGGAGAAAGAUAUUUUCUUAUAUUAUUAUUGAUGAACGUUAGAGGACCAAAAUCAUAUCAGGACUUAUGUAAAGUUGACGGCAAAUGUUGUAGUACAUUUAGAGAGGCCGCAGAAAAAAGAGGAUUAUUACACUGUGAUAACAACUUAGUUGAAUGUAUGUUUGAAGCUACAAAUUAUCAAAUGCCAUAUAGUUUAAGGCCUUUGUUUGCAACAUUAUUGGUGUACUGUAAUCCUGCUAAUCCAACAGAACUUUGGAAACAAUUUGAAGAUUCAAUGUCCGAAGAUUUUAAGAUUCUACCUAACAUGAAUGCUAAAGAUAUUUGUUUUAUGGCUUUAAAUCAUAUCAAUGAUAUUUUACAUUUGAUGGGACAUGAUAUUAAUGAAUAUAAUCUGAUUCCUGAGAAAAUUAAACCUUCAGCUGCUGUGAGAGAAACCAAUGUGUCAUUUUGA